CCUUGAAGUAGAAAAACUACAAACUGACCGGUUGUCCUUAGGAGAAGGUCCAUUCGGUUUUUCUAUCUGCCAGCAGGCAGCCAAAAUGUUGGCCAUCCUGUCUGUGCUGUUUUUAUGUCUUUCUAAUCCGGUCUGUGGCGUUUUUCAGAAACUUUACUGCAGCAUAUCAGAAAGCUGUGACUGCGACUUUAAGCCAAAUAUCAGAGACCUGGAGUGGGAUCUCUACAAGAAUGUUUACGGACAACAUCUGGCCCAGGAAAUUGUGUCAGAGGAGGUGGCCAGGUUCCUUCAAAAUAAAAGCCCUGAGCGGCCCCUGGUGCUGUCCUUCCAUGGCUCCUCUGGGACAGGAAAGACACUCGUCAGCUCCAUGCUGGGAAAUCACCUGUACGGCUCGGCGAUGAGCAGCCCGUAUGUCCACCAGUUUGUUCCCACGCUGCACUUCUCCUUACCUGACCGGGUCAAGGAGUACAGGAAGGAGUUGAAGAGCUGGGUGCAGGGGAACUUGACGGAGUGCGCUCGCUCCGUCUUCUUUUUCGAGGAGAUGGAGAAGAUGCCUCCGGGUCUGAUCGACGUAUUGGAGCCCUUCCUGGGUCCUUCCCACAUUGUGUUUCGCACUAACUACCGCAAGGCUAUCUACAUCUUCAUCGGCACCACAGGAGAAGAGGUGAUUAAAAAAUUGGCUCUGGAGAGCCGGCAGGCCGGACGGGACAGGGAGGAGAUCAAGUUGGCCGAGUUGGAGGAAGCCAUCGCACGGGCGGUUUACAACAGCACAACAAGCGGCUUCUUCCAGUCCAGCAUCAUCCAGCAGAAGCUCAUCACACGCUACGUUCCAUUCCUGCCGCUGAGCCGACGCCACGUGGAGCGCUGUGUCCACUCGCAGCUCUGCCAGCGGGGCAUCUGCGGCCGCAGUGACGUGGUGGAGGCAGUAGGGGGCGAUAUGAUCUACACUCCCGCUCAGGGACAAUACUUCUCCAGCACCGGCUGUAAGGCCGUCCCCGCCAAAAUCAACCUCUUCCUGUGAGCCGAGGGGGGGACUGAACUGUUGAUUUUUUUUUUUCCAAGGACUAAAAGGGAAACUCCUUCUGAGGUGAGUCAGUGAAGAGAAACAGAUCCCCGAGGCUGUUUCUUCCACAUGGAGGUAAGAGCAGCAUUAAGGACGCCUCCUGCACUUGGAAUCAAGAGGAAUUGAACUCGCAGCCUCCCGAAUUCAAUGCAGCUUUGUCCUGUCAGUGCAGAGGUUCCAUGAAGGCAUCCUUGGUACUAACUGUGAGCACAUGAGUUUAUUCUCUAAACGUUAGUCAGUGUCUAAACCAGGAGUCAUGCCACGCUCUACCUCAAACCCAACUCUACUGUUAAUUUAUCAACUCUAAAGUUACAGGUACAAUGAGCUUUCAGAUUUCCUGCAUGCAGCAGUUAAACAGGGAGAUGAAAUCUCAACCUUGUAUUUCCGAAAUGUUGACUUUUCAUGAGCUUGAAAAUGGGUAUAUUAGCUGGAUUUGGAUACAUAUUUGGCUUUAUUUAAAGAGUUGGUAAGCGAGCACUCAAGUGAGCACUCAUGAACUCACUCAACGUGUGUGAAAGUGUAAAAAAAAACAACCACUAGAAUCAUAAAUACAAGUUUUCACAAGUUUUUAAGUGAUUAUGUAAUUCCAUGUGAGAUUGAGAAAUUUAAGAAAUAUACCAGAGCUUUAAGGGAAGACAUUUAGGGCAGAUGUUUUGGCUCAUGCCAUCAUUUGCAUUCAACCAAAUCCAAUAAAUAUAUAAUAAAACAAUAUACGAUGAUUACAACUUUUGCUACCAAAUAAACUCCUUAAUUAGAACCCAAUUAUCAUUAAAUGAUCAGCUUCCAUGACUUCACUCAGCAACGUUUAGGUUUCCUCUAAAUUAUCAGCAUCGUAUACAUACAUUAUGUAUUUAAAAUGUACGUUGUCUUCUGGAAGGCUGUAUUGGGACUCAAGAUCCUGACAUGUCUAUUGAAUAAAAAUGUAGGAAGAAAUCUGAAAAAGAAAAUGGAUUUUACUUGAAGCUAGUUUUGUUCCUUUGCUGCUGUCCAGCGUGAGUGAUGUCAUGGUUUUAGAGCACAUCAACCAUUCGGCCACCAGGGGGCAGUAAAUACUUAACUUUGCCAAGAGUGGAAGAGGUGAUGCAGAGUUCACCUGCAGCUCAGUGCUUUUUAAUUCAGUUGAGAACUGUCAAGAAAAUUAUGUUUAAGUUAUAUUUUGUUUCUUUACCGUAAAAUGUUUUGUAAAGUUAUGCGUGUGUUUUCAAACACACUCAAAGUGCAAUUUACUUCUUUGGAGGAUGAAAUGGACCUGAUGUAUUAUUAUUAUUAUUAUUAUUAUUAUUAUUAUUAUUAUAGUCUCACUCUGCCUUUGUGAAGGCAAAGUGUGUGAUGAGAAGUCAGUUUGCAUCUGCCAAAAUGCAUACUUUAAUUCUGAAAUAUUGCCAUGAUUUAAUUUUUGAAAUCAUUGUAAUGGUUUGUUGUAUUACGUGAUGGCUGUGUGAAGAUCUGCGGCAGCAAGGCAAGACAAUUUAAAUGCCAUGAAAAUAAUGCUUAAUUGAAUUUACAAGUGCAGUACAUGAAGAGGAUGAUCUUAUCGGAGCAAAGACUCAGUAACAUACUUAAUAUUGACCCAUAAUAAUCAGAAGUCUGUAACAUACAGUCCAUCUUUACUGUUUUAUGAGUUUAAUGUUUUUUGCUCCUUCCAGCCAGCUGUUGGUUUCAGUUGUUUUAUUUUCUAUUCUGUUUUUUUUAAAUUAAAUAAUUGCAGGGACUUGAACGUUGUUGAACCUGUAUUGUACACAGAGAAGACAGCCUGUAAACUCCCACCAGACUCCAUGUAAGUAUCAGUUGUUUUUGUUAUGGCCAGACAGGGAGAAUAUUACCAGUUGUAAUCAGACAUACACUACAUAAUCUCUCCUUUUAAGCCACAGCAAUCACAAUCAGAAGCAGACAUAAUUUGUUGGGUGGUUUGUGUCUUUUUGGACAAUUCUGGCAUCUUCUAUUGUUACAUGACCACUAAGGUUCCUGUGUCAGCCAUUGAAGUGCCUGGAUGUUGGUGACUGAAGCCAAAUACAACUUCUUGUACUACAGUGUAAUGAAAACAAUAAAUGCAUUUAAAUGCACAA